AAAAUGUAAGUCAGAAAUUGCCGAACCCCCAAUGUUCGGUCGCGCGAGCUUCUUUCUCCCUCUCCCUCUCCCACAGCCUCCAGUUACGAAGCGGAGCGAGAUCCAUGGAGUGGCGUCCGUUGAAAGAGAUCGAUGCGAACGUCCAGAUGCCGAACCUUAACGAAGAAGCCAUGUUCGACGAAGCAACCAUGGUCGAUGAUGAUGAAGUAAUGGGCAAAUCUGAAGCUACCCUCAAACCAAAACCAAGUUGGUUCGAUGAUGACGAUGACUGCAUUGGCCAGAAUCGUAACGAUGAAGAGGAAGGUAUACAAAAGGCAAUUGGAGACCCAAUGGCUCGACUCCAACUGCAAAAAAAGCGUAAUUACUGUAAAGUUUGUUGUGAGGAAGUUGAGGACCACAAGAGUUACAAUUGCCCGUACUUUGUCUUGGUCCCAAAGGGCGCUCGUGUUGGCGAACACUGCGAUAUUGUUUGCACAGAAUGCGGUGAGCUUGUUUCUGAGCACCAAGGUGAGCUUAAUGUGCACUAUGAAGGACGUGCUAUUCUGAAGUACUGUGAUUGGUGUGAGGAUUACUGUAGCCAUGCGACAGAAGAAUGCGAGUCCAUGCCAAAAUAGUGAAUUGGUCCGGACCUUGUCUUGGUGAGUAACUAGCGGCAAUGAAGAUGACUGGUUCUCGUAGUAAGAGGAAGAUCAAGCCCCUGUAGUUGUUGUGUUUACAGGUCUUGUAACUACAUCACUUUGGGUGUAAUGAAUCUAAUAAUAUGGUGUUAUUUGGAGCAGAUGGUUCUAUAUAUAUAUAAAGAAGGGCUAACCUACCAUUUUAA